AAGAAUGAAUGUAAUGUGACAUUUCACGUUUCUCCCGCCGUUCACGUUUUCUCUCAAUUCUUUCCCAGAGAGAUUCUGAGUCACGUCCCCAAUCUCCGUUACUGUGAAAACAAAACAAAAAAAAAAUUAGAAUUUUUCAUUUUCUUGAGAGUUAGAAAGUAGGAUCAUUUUAGUGGUGGGGUUAUCGAGGCAAGAGAGAGAGAGAGAGAUACAAAAAGGAUGAGUUUCAAGGAUUUAGAGGCGGGAAGAGGAAAAAAAUCAUUAGCUUCUUUAAUGAGCAUCAAUGGUGGUGUUGGUGGUGGUCGACAAGAUAAGACUCAAGCUGUUGCUUCAGGUGUCUUUCAGAUCAAUACAGGUGUUUCUUCUUUCCAUCGUCUUGUCAACACUCUUGGUACUUCUAAAGACACCCCUGAGCUUCGUGACAAGCUGCACUUGACGAGAUUACAUAUUGGACGGCUUGUGAAGGAUACGUCGGCUAAACUCAAAGAAGCUAAUGAAACUUAUCAUCUGAGAGGUGUUGUUGAUCAAAGGAAGAAGAUUGUGGAUCUUGCAAAAGACUUUCAAGCUGUAUUGAAUGAGUUUCUAAAGGCUCAGGGUGUAGCUGCUGAAAGAGAAACUGUGUAUUCUCCUCAUGUCCACAAGCCAUCUCUUCCCUCAAGCUAUACAGCCAGUAAAGCAGAUGUGAAAGCAGAGAAGGAUCCGGAGCAGCAGGCUCUUCUUUUGGAAUCAAAGAGACAAGAACUUGCACUUUUGAACAAGAUGAUUGCGUUUAAUGUGCCUAGAAUUGAGGAAAGAGAGCAACUGAUACAAGAAAUACAGCAGAGUAUUGGCGAGAUGGGCGAAACCUUAAAAAACAUGGCAGUGGUGGUACACGAUGAAGAAGCCAUGAUUGAUGAGAUUAAACCUCGCAUCGAUAACUACCAUGCUGCAAUUGCACAAGGAAACUCCCAUCGAUCAUAUUCUUCACUGGCUUGCUUGCUCUUGGUUACUUUUGGUAUCGUGCUCCUGAUUGUCAUUGUAGUGCUCGCGGUUUGAUUCUUCACAACUCAUGAAAGCGUGGACAAGUGCUCCAUCAUCUAUCAGGAAGUAUACUGAGCUUAUGUUUGUCACUUAAUAGUGCCCAUGCAAGGAUUGAACUAUUUUUCUUUUGUCUCUUAAUAUAUAGCAUUUUGGUUUGGUUUCGGUAUCAGUUUGGUUUUGAACGUGUCUGAAUGUUGGUUCUGUGAGAGAGUGCUGUUGCUUUCUCUCUGUGAUAUUAUAUAUUGACUUGUUGCAGAUCAGAUUGAAUGAUGAAGGGAAAAUCCUCUGUUUGUGCUUAAA